UCCGGCGUCGUACACCCGGGGCUUUAAGUUCUGGGAAGGCGCGGGCUUUUCUUUACGCACCAGCCGGUGCAGGCCGCUCAAGGUAAUGCAGGGCACAGACACCAUCCUUUGGAUCACAUCGUGAGCACCGGCUGGGCUCAGAGCUCCAGGCUCGGAAGGAAACGUGAAUCCGAGAAUGAGUUGUGUCUUAACUUCCACCAAGACCCAGCAAGGUGAAGAUGCUGGAAGCUGAUCUGGUUUCAAAAAUGCUACGAGCUGUUCUACAGUCUCAUAAGAAUGGAAUAGCCUUGCCUCGGCUCCAAGGAGAGUACAAAUCCUUGACUGGAGACUGGAUCCCCUUCAAGCAGUUAGGUUACCCUACACUAGACGCCUAUCUGAGAAGUGUGCCAGCAGUUGUCAGGAUAGAGACCAGUAGAUCUGGUGAGAUCACCUGUUACGCUGUGGCCUGCUCAGAAACCGCGAGAAUCGCUCAGCUAGUGGCUCGGCAGAGGAGUUCGAAAAGGAAAACUGGGCGGCAAGUUAACUGUCAGAUGAGAGUAAAGAAAACCAUGCCGUUCUUUCUGGAAGGCAAACCAAAAGCAACUCUCAGACAGCCAGGAUUUUCUUCAGAUUUUUCUAUCAGCAAAAAGCCUAAUCCAACACUGUCAAGAGACAGAGGAAACUCUCUUGGAAUUAAGUAUGAUGCUGAAAUGCCGCCUUACACGUUGCAUGCAAACGUUGGGAGUGAAGUAUUCAAAGACAUUCCAGUGCAGAGGCCUGUGACCAGGCCUUCCAGCAACAGGUUCAGCCCAAAAGCAUCCUUCUCACCUCCUUUUCAGAUGCAUCUCUCAAGGACCUGCACUAAAGAAAUGAGUGAUAAUUUAAAUCAGACUGUUGAAAAACCAAAUGUCAUGUCUCCUGCCUCUUACACUUAUAAAAUGGAUGAGGUUCAAAACCGCAUAAAGGAAAUGCUAAACAAGCAUAACAAUGGCAUUUGGAUGUCUAAGCUUCCACAUUUUUACAAAGAGUUAUAUAAAGAAGAACUUAAUCAAGGAAUUUUACAACAGUGUGAGCACUGGCCUCAUGUUUGCACGGUGGAAAAGCCCUCCAGUGGUGGUCAAGAUUUGCUGCUUUAUCCAGCUCAGAGAAAGCAGCUUUUGCGAAGUGAGGUCAACAGUGGCAAAAUGCCUCCGUCUCCACUGCCUGCUCCAAAACAAGCACCACCCUUCACAGGGGGUCCAGCAGUCGUGCCAGGAGACUUUAAAGAGAAAGUUGUGCCAGGAGACUUUAAAGAGAAAGUUGUGCCAGGAGACUUUAAAGAGAAAGUUGUGCCAGGAGACUUUAAAGAGAAAGUUGCAGGGCUGCUGGUGAAAUACUCAAGUGGUCUUUGGGCCAGUGCACUUCCGAAGGCGUUUGAGGACAUGUACAAAGUAAAAUUCCCCAAGGAUGCUUUGAAAAAUCUUGCCUUGCUUUCUGAUGUAUGCACCGUAGACUACAUUUCCGGGAAUCCCCAGAAGGCCAUUCUCUAUGCUAAACUCCCAUUGCCCACUGACAGAGUCCUGAAGGAUGCAGAGCAAGCACGUGGCGACCACGCUAUCAAGUCUGUGGUGAAACCAGAGUAUUUGCAGGUGGAAAAGAACAUUGAGAGUGCUGAUCCCACCACGGAGAAUGUAACAGUUCCACCGUUAGUCAUUCCAACGGAGGCAUCUCCAUCUGUAUUGGUGGUUGAACUGAGCAACACAAAUGAAGUGGUUAUCAGGUAUGUGGGGAAAGACUAUUCUGGCGCUCAGGAACUAAUGGAAGAUGAAAUGAAGGAGCAUUACAGCAAGAGCCCUAAGAUUGCACCGGUGCAGACUGUGCAUGUCGGGCAGCUGCUGGCCGUGAACGCUGAGGAGGACGCGUGGUUACGGGCACAGAUCACCUCCACGGAAGGGAACAAGAUAAAGGUAUGCUAUGUUGACUAUGGAUUUAGUGAAAAUGUUGACAAGAGCAAAGCAUACCAGCUGAACCCAAAGUUCUGUUCACUCUCAUUCCAAGCUACAAAGUGUAAGCUAGCAGGGUUGGAAGCUCUAAGCGAUGAUCCUGGUUUAGUGAAGGUGGUUGAAUCUUUAACUUGUGGAAAGAUCUUUGCAGUGGAAAUCCUUGAAAAAGCUGAUGUUCCACUUGUUGUUCUGUAUGAUACCUCAGGAGAAGAUGAUAUCAAUGUCAAUGCCACCUGCUUAAAGGCCAUAUGUGACAAGUCACUGGAGGUUCACCUUCAGGUUGACGCUAUGUACACCAAUGUCAGGGUGACUAAUAUUUGCUCUGAUGGCACCCUCUACUGCCAGGUGCCUUGCAAGGGUCUGAACAAGCUCAACGAUGUCCUGCAUAAGAUAGAGGACUACUUCCGUUGUAAGCACGUGACCUCAGAGUACUUCGUCUCCUUGCCCUUCUGUGGGAAAAUCUGCCUCAUCCAUUGCAAAGGAAAGUGGUUACGAGUAGAGGUCAUGAACGUUCACAGCAGCCGGACUCUGGAUGUCCAGUUCCUGGACACCGGCACCGUGACAUCUGUGAAAAUAUCUGAGCUCAGGGAAAUCCCCUCUCGGUUUCUACACGAAAUGAUCGCAAUCCCGUCGCAGGCUAUCAAGUGCUGCUUAGCAGAUAUUCCGCAAUCUAUGGGCAUGUGGACGCCAGAUGCUGUGCUGUGGUUAAGAGACUCUGUUUUGAAUUGCUCAGACUGUAGCAUCAAGGUUACAAAAGUGGAUGAAACCAGAGGGAUCGCGCACGUUUAUUUAUUUACUCCUAAGAACUUCCCUGAUCCUCACCGCAGCAUUAACCGUCAGAUUACGAAUGCAGACCUGUGGAAGCAUCAGAAGGACGUGUUUCUGAGCAGCCUCUCCAGCGGGGCUGGCUCUGCCGACAGCAGGGGUGGCAACACCCUCCUUGCGAGCAGCACGGAAGACAGUGUCAGAAAGCGCCUCACGGAUGGCAGCAAAAAGCCCACGGCGGAUCCCACCUGCUCUUGCUCCACGGAGGAACUGCCGCCCCCUGUCCACCUGCCAAAGCCGGGGGAAUACAUGGAUGUGUAUGUGCCUGUGGCCUGUCACCCCGGCUACUUUGUCAUCCAGCCAUGGCAGGAGAUACAUAAGCUGGAAGUGCUGAUGGAAGAGAUGAUUCUGUACUACAGUGUGUCUAAGGAGCGCUACGUGACCAUGGAAAAAGAUCAAGUGUACGCUGCCAAAGUGGAAAACAAGUGGCACAGGGUGCUCCUAAAGGGAAUCCUGACCAACGGGCUGGCCUCCGUGUACGAGCUGGACUACGGCAAGCACGAGCUGGUCAGCGUAAGGAAAGUGCAGCCCCUGGUGGACGUGUUCCGAAAGCUGCCGUUCCAAGCAGUGCCGGCUCAGCUGGCAGGAGUCAAGUGCAGCCAGUGGUCCGAAGAGGCUUCGAUGGUGUUUCGAAAUCACGUGGAGAAGAAACCUCUGGUGGCAUUGGUGCAGACGGUUACAGAAAACACUAACCCGUGGGACCAGAAAGUGGUGGUCUAUUUGGUGGACACCUCGUUGCCAGACACGGAUAUCUGGAUUCAUGAUUUUAUGUCACAAUAUCUGGUGGAGCUUUCAAAAGUUAAAUAACCACUGCUUUUGUGACCUCGACAACUAACUCAGAUUUUCUAGCAAUAACAAGAGGUAGUAGGCUAAAAAAAACCUUAUCUCUGCUACAUGGCUCCGACUGCUGUGGGGACUAAAAACAGUGUGUUAUGGUUUAUGAAAAUAUUUAUAAGUUGUGUUUGACAGAGUUGACUUUUCCAGGAGAAUCGUACUUGAAUUAUUACUAUAACAUUAGAAUAAACAUGUUUAUCAAUGUAAAAACUGGCUGCCUCAUCAUUUCUAGGCUUUAAGAUCUGAAGACCAAGAGUUUCCCUUUCUGUUCAUCUUGUCUUCCUUGUGGUGCUGGGCUCUUUUCCAGGUAGACUGAGAAUUUCGUGACUUAACUCUACCCUAGUGUGUCGUGCUGUGUCCCAAAGUCCCCAAACCAUGGGACGAUGACCCCGAGCCUUUAGCACACCGGCAUUGCGAGUGGUGUUGCAGGAGGAGCAGCCAGGCAGACCAGCGUGCCUCUCCCCCCAAAUCUUGAGCGGCUCCUCAUUGUCCAGAGAAUUGAGACUGAACGCCCAGGCCUUCUGCAGUCUCCCCACUGAACCUCACUGUCCACCAUUCCCUCUACCAGUCCCACUGGACCUUUACCAGGUCCCUGAACCCCAUGCAUGUGCGUCCAGGAUCACUGGUAUUCUCGGCACGGGGAGAGCCCGGCAAUCCCCAGAUGGUAAAUGCCCGCUCCAUUGCUGAGUCCCAGCUAACAGUGUGACAUCACCGAACGUGGAGUUGGAAGGAGAUGCACCCCAGUGGCUCUCGAAAGCCUGCACUGCAGACUCCAGCACACCACUGUCUUCAUCCUCCACAGCAGGCAGAAGGAUGUCUCGCAGGCACCAGGCACAUGUAACGGUGUGUUCUUGCUAGUGGAUGGGCAGGAUGAAUUGACAGGGAUACUGCAGAGGCCUUAGCAGGGGCCUGAAGAGGAGGGAGGGAGGCCCUGGACUAAGAGUGGAGCAAAGGGACCAAAGAAAAAACAUUAAAGGCUUUUUGAAGUUUUUGAUUAGAAUUUACACCUUGGAUCUAGAAGAUAAGAAAGAGGAGGUGUCAAAGACUGAUGCUGAUGGUUCUGGCCAAGAUGGAGGCAUUUAUUUCUGCACACAAUCAAAUGAAACAACUAAUUUAAAAAAAAAGCCAGAAAAUCAAACUGUAUGGAAGUCCAACAACCAAGGAGUUGAAGAAGAAACAUUCAUCCAGACUGGUGCGCCAAGACAAAUAUGGCCCAAAUGAAAGAACAGAUCAAAACUCCAGAGAAAGAACUAAGCAACAAAGAGAUAGUCAACCUAACAGAUGCAGAGUUCAAAACACUGGUGAUCAGGAUGCUCACAGAACUGGUUGAGCGUGGCCACAAAAUUAAGGAAGAAGUGAAGUUUAUACAAAAUGCUUGAAGUCAUUUGCUUAUUUUUAUGUGAUAAAAUUUAGGAAAA